GAAAAGUGUUUUAAUUUUAGUAAAAGACAAAUUCAAAUUUGAUCGACUGCGUGGAAUCUCCUCAGCUGAACUGGUAAUCUCUCUCUCUUAGUUAUUAGCACUAAUCUCUCUCUACAUAUGAUAUACGAAGUAUACUUUUAGCUGUAUACAGCAUACACAGCUGUGAAUCUACAAUCUACACGUUUAUAAGUAAUAUACACACGGAUAUUCUAUAUUAUACGCCUUCCGACGUUCUUCUUCAAGGGUCUCUAAUGGCGGAUCUGUUUAUCUGAACGCGAAAUCAAUUCAAGUAAGUGUUCACAGGGGUGACUUAACCAGUUCACCUUGUGUCCUUCUGAAUCGAAGCCUCUGCUCAAGACAAUCUCCAGUAAAACGAAGUUGCUUAUCGGAGAUCGGAGAUGCUUGACGGUAUUCUCGGUCGCGGCUUCAGCUCCAAAUGUAAAUCAUUGAUGAAGGGGACUACAUCGCGAAUCGAAUUGGCGCGGCGGAGAGCGGAGGCGAAGCAGAGGUUUCUCAAGGAAGAUCUUGUGAAAUUGUUAACUAAUGGGCUUGACGUUAAUGCAUAUGGACGGACUGAAGAAUUUAUGGCUGGUGAACGCAUCUUAUCUUGCUAUGGUUACAUUGAACUAUCUUGUGAGUACAUUAUGAAGCAGCUCUCAAACAUGCAAAAACAAAGUGAUUGCCCUGAAGAAUGCCGAGAAGCUGUGGCUUCCCUUAUGUUUGCAGCUGCAAGAUUCUCUGAUUUGCCAGAAUUACGCGAUAUCAGGGAUCUAAUUCUGGAGAAAUAUGGAAGUGGCUUAGAAUGUUUUGUUAAUCAGAAGUUUGUAGAGCAAUUAUCUUCAAAAACACCUGCCAUGGAGAAGAGAAUCCAGCUAUUGCAAGACAUAGCUUCAGAAUGUCAAAUACGAUUGGACUCGGUGGGCCUUCAACAGAGGAUGGCAUACGCAGAGGGAAAGCUAAACAAGAUUGAACCUUCAUCACACUCUCCUGGAAACUAUAACCAAGGUAACCAAAAGGGCAGUGUCUCCAAAACAGUUGCGAAAAAUGUUCUGUCAGAAGGAAAGCCUGAGGCUUCUAAGGAUAACCAGAUAAAGACUCAAGGGCGAGACAGUAAUGGCAAGCCAGAUGUUCAUUCAUCUGGGAAGAAAGAAAGGGUUAAUGAAUUUAAGCAUGUUGCCAACAAGGAAAGAAGCCAUUCUGCUUCAGAAAAGAAUGAUAUUCCAGCUCACAAAGUGGAGAAGUAUGAUAAUUCCCAUCAGCGGCGGCGGGAGACAAAUGGUGUGUAUAGUGAACAUGAAAAGACAGAAGGGGAAAAUAUUAAAUAUGGCGACGUCAGUGAAAAGAAGAAAGUGAUCUCAACUAAAGAGCUUCUGGAUGAGGAGAAUAAUAAUAGCUUAAAAUCUCAUUACGGCUAUGGACGUCCUCCUCCCUAUGUCAAAUCAAAAGACAAAACCAGCAGGGGAUCUGAACAUUCUGAAUCAAACGGGUAUCUCAUUGGUGCCUCUUCCCAUGGUAAAGAAUCAGAACAUACCAAGGUUGCUUCAAAGGAUGAGAUUCCCUUGAACAAACCGAAAUCAGUCAGGAGGAGCCGUCCCAAAUCUGUGGGGGAUCAUGAUGGUAAGCCCCACCAACAUCGAGACGAGGAGGAAGUGAUGAUAGAUAAACUCCUUCUGCACUAUAGUCGGAAACCAUCUGACUACGACAUAGAUAAGUUGAGGAAAAAGCCUUCACACCAGAGAGACGUUAAUAAUAAUACCCAUAAAACACCACAGGAAAUGAAGUCUGGUUGUGUGCCUCCCCACCCCACAAGAUCUCUCUCUCUCCCGCAUGAGCAGGCUUCUCCUUCAGAAACACCAAAGGUUUAUGCACGAGCCAAUUCCUUUCAGCCUGACCAUCAGGCACGCCAUGUCCAUCCAAAAUUACCAGACUAUGAAGAUUUGGCUGCCCGAUUCGCUGCCUUGAGAGGGGGAUAAUGCUCACUGUCUGAAGAGGGGGAACAGAUUACUAGCUCCUCGUGUAACCCUCCAAUCCCUGGAUUCUUCUGAUUCGUGAGGUAUAGAAAAAGUAUUGAUUGUCACAAAUAUAUGUAUACGGUUUUCAUUUGUCAUUCAAAUUCAUCAGUGUGGAGUAGACAUGUUCACCAUUCAUUUGUACUGUAUUAGUGAUUGUAUAGUUUGAGCAGAUCAUGUAGAGCAAUUGUCUCAGAAUGUUGUCUGCACUUGAGAAUUUGAAUUCCAAUGGUUUAAAAACUUAUAUUUUCAUUUACUUGUUGAAUUGGAGUUAUCAGUGCAUACUGCAUAAGGAAUGAGGAUCCUUCGUGCCCAGACCUUGGGAUUGUGAAA